CGCAGUACAGGGAGUCAGUGUGGAACACAUCUGCAAGUUGGGGGAAUUUUGCACCUGUCUGUUGGCAAUCCCAAUUGGAUCAGCUAAGGUAGGUUUUAUCGUUUUUGCAACCCCACGGGGGGUCUCGGCGGUACUAGUAAGAAGGGAAAAUGUCUAUUCGAGCAAUUAGCAGCCGACUGUUUCGGCAUGGUCAAACUGUUGUUCGGAACAUUUGUAGAGACUACAAUCAAAAUUCGAGAAAUAUUGGGGAUAAAAUCAAUGUAUCACAAGCGACAAGGGGUCAGCUAUCGAAUACUGCAGUUGUUCCUCGUAAUUUCGCAUUACGAAAUGUUGGUUUACAAUUUAGUAUUCACGCUCGGCGAAUUUUCGUUGAUAAUGUACUUAAUCGUGUUACAAGCACUUUGGCUUCUGAAUUAAGAAAGAAGGCAGCACGAGGAAUUUUGUUCGGCAAUUCUGCACCAUUUCUAGCUUUUGUUGGAGUAAGUUUGGCAUCGGGUACAGGUAUAAUCACCAAGGAAGAUGAACUCGAAGGAAUCUGUUGGGAGAUUCGAGAGGCGAUUUCGAAAUUCAAGUGGACCGUUGAUAAAACUGCAGAUAUUUACGAUACCAAAUUUGAAACCGAGUCCAUUACAGUUAACAACUUGGAUUUUGGCCAACCCAUUGCUAAAGGUGCAAAUGCGGUCGUGUACGAAGCAGGAUUAAAAUCAUCCCCAUUGGAAUGUGCACAAGGUGAUGCUGUUGGAAUCAAAUACCCACUGGCAGUUAAAAUGAUGUUUAAUUAUGAUAUACAAUCUAAUGCAAUGGCAAUUCUUCAAGCAAUGCAUAAGGAAACUCUUCCGGCACGGCAGUACACAAAUAAUAUAAGCGCCGUUAACAUGUGGGAAACUGAGUUGUUGAAUGCAAGAAUUCCUCUCCCCUUGCAUCCAAACAUAGUUACCAUGUUCUCUGUGUUUACUGAUUAUGUACCUGAUCUUGUAGGCAGCAGGGGCUUAUAUCCGGCUGCAUUACCAUCUCGUCUUUUUUCUGAAGGUGAAGGCAGGAAUAUGUCAUUAUUUUUAGUUAUGAAAAGAUACAACUGUACUUUACAAGAGCACUGCAAGGGAAACGAGAUCUCCCUGCGAAGUAAGAUAUUGCUUUUCACUCAAUUACUGGAAGGAAUUGUCCACCUAAAUUUGCACGGGGUAGCUCACCGAGAUCUGAAGUCCGACAAUCUCUUACUGGACACAUCUGAAGAAAGUGCCCCAAUUUUAGUCAUUACGGAUUUCGGUUGUUGCCUUGCUGAUCAAAAUUAUGGUCUAACGUUACCUUAUCCGGUCUACGAUAUUGAUAAAGGGGGGAACACCGCGUUAAUGGCACCGGAGAUUAUAACUCAAAAACCGGGAACGUUUUCAGUUUUGAAUUAUUCCAAGUCCGACUUGUGGACUGCUGGUACGAUUGCUUAUGAAAUAUUUGAUGGCAGUAAUCCGUUUUAUGGCAAACGAUUGAGGAGUAGCGAUUACCAGGAGCAUAAGUUGCCUGCAUUACCUGAUUGUGUGCCUCCAAUUGUGAAGAUGCUUGUGAAAAAUGUUCUGAAGCGCAAUCCCAGAAAGCGUUUAAAUCCGGAAGUGGCAGCAAAUGUUAUGCAGUUAUUUUUAUGGGCUCCAAGUGCUUGGUUAAAUAACAAGAAACUUCCAACAAGCUCAGAGAUUCUGCAGUGGCUGUUAUGUCUUACAACAAAGGUGUUAUGUGAGGGCAGGCUUUCCAAUUUACCAAGUGGACACAAUGGCAAAGGUGGUAGGCGUACUUAUCCUGAAUAUUUACUCAUUGCUAGCUUUUUGCGAAGAGCCAAGUUGUCCACAAUUCGAGCAUCGCUUAUGUUUAUUCAUAGUGAUUAGUCAUCUUAAGAUGUAUAUAUUCUUUCUAAAUGUUAAGUUGUGUGUUGGUUUUGUAAUUUACACGUCGUGAAGCAAGAUUCAUUUGCACUGUAGCUCAUUCUUUGGAAAAUAUGUAUCUAGCUAUCAUCAGAAGGGCAUGCAGAGAUAAUGCUUGAAUAAUGAAUUGUUAAUUUUAUGAAAUA